AUGGUAAACCUCGAACAGGUUGCGCAGAACAAGGCAUUUGGUGGCUCGAUCACCAAGUACAAAUUCGUAUCCGACGCGCUCGGCGGGCUCGAAACGCAUUUUAAUUUGUUCGUUCCCGAGGGUGCGAGUUCGUCUGCCAAGGUCCCGGUGGUCACCUACCUCGCUGGAUUAACAUGCAACGAAGAUACCGCACCAUGGAAAGCCGGUCUCCUCCUCCCAGCAUCCCAACAUUCGCUCGCGCUUCUUUUCCCAGACACGUCCCCGCGAGGCGCACAAAUCCCGACCGAAGACGAUUCAUGGGACUUUGGAACCGGCGCCGGGUUCUAUCUCAACGCGACGGCCGAUGCGUGGUCCAAGCACUACAACAUGGAGAAGCUGAUCACGUCCGAGAUUCAGCGCGUGUUAAAGGAGAACGAGCAGGUUGGGGGUGUUGGAUUUGGAGCGGCAGAGCGUGAUGGGUCAUUCGAUGGAGCUGCGAGUGGAUUUGCGCCGAUUUUGAAUCCGACCAAGUGUCCGUGGGGAGACAAGGCAUUCAAGGGAUAUUUGAAGGGCGAAUUGGAAGAAGGCAAAGCACACGAUGCGACUGAGCUCAUUGCCAAGGCCAAGGGCAAAAACGUGCAGAUUCUAGCUGACUAUGGUACGGCCGAUAAUUUCUACAAUUCUGGGCAGUUGCUGCCCGAGAACUUUGUGGCUGCUGCCAAGCAGGCUGGGUUUGGGGAUAAUACGGUGAGCGUGAGGGAACGUGCGGGGUAUGAUCACUCGUAUUACUUUGCAUCCGAAGGCCCUCGUUCGCCGGUGUCUGAAAAGGAGAUGGAGUUGUACUAUGUAGAGCAAGAGCGGGUGGAUAUGCAGCGACGGCUGUCGAAGCGACAGAGCCGGGGAAAGAGCUGGCGACAUAGUUUUAUGCGGACGGAUGGGGAGAAAAAGAAGAAGAGGACGAGCCAAGGAGAGAGCGAUCACGACCACGACCGAUCGCCCUCGCCCGGCGCUGUCCCUAGCGAUAGGCCUGACCCCUCGCCCGCCCCCGCCUUAGCGCCACCGGCGAAUCCGCAGCCCCGCAAGGCGCAGAGCGGACGACGACCGGAUUCGAUGACCCCUCCGUCCUUUGUCGCACGUGCCCCGCCCCGAUACUACAACCUCCACCUGCUCUCUGCCAGCGCCCGAGAACGCCUCCAACGUGAGCUUGCCCAAUCAUAUGCGACCCAGCGCUUGCCCUCGCUCGUCUCCUCUGGCUCCGUUUUUUCCGGCGUCGGCUCUGGCCAUGUCGGUGGCAGUGUGCGCUCGUCCCUCUCUGUCCGUCGCCCGAGUGUGCUGGCCAUGUCGCCCCAGUUUGGUGGCUCUGCAGGCAUGGCUGGCCUCGAGACCAUCACGGCCUCUCCUGCCUCCACUGCCGGUCCCCUCAACAGCCCCUCGCUCGACCCCAUGAGUGCUCUCAACGCUGGUCCCGCCGCUUCCCAUCGCCUCUCGACUUGGCUCAAGCGACCCCCUGCCAGUCCCCAUACGUCCAUGCAGCCACUCCCCGCCGACGCAACAGAUCUCAUGGACGGCACAGACCCCUUUGGCGGUGCCUGGCACCAUUCCAGUCCCUACGACGCCGGAGAAAUGGUCGGUGGAUCCCCCCAUACCCGCUCCUUGGCUGGCCCCUCGAGCGCACCCCGCAAAGGCCCCUCCCCGCUAUCGCAGUCCACUUCCGCCAUCAACCUCGCAGAUCCCGAACCACCGCUACCCGAACCCCCUGGCUCCCCCGAUCUCUUGAGCGGCCAUCGUGCCAAACGAAAAUUAAGCAAGCGGCGUUCGACCUCGGCUAGUCGAGGCGGUCUUACUUCCCUCUUUACCCGAAAAUCCAGCGUCGACGAGGACAAUCCCGACCCUGCUGGACGUACAAGCGGACUACGUGGGAGGUCCAGACCCCCGCUCUCCCCCUCCAGUCAGUCCCUUGCCCAAACACAGGGAAUUGCCUUUCCCACCGAUGCAACACCAACCACAACCGAAAAACGCACUCGUCGCAAGCUCAGCAAACGUGGUCGCUCUACAUCCCAGUCCAGCGCUGCGAGUCUUGAUUCAUCUCGGAGCAUCGAAACCCCGAUCCAUUCCCAAUUCGCACGAGAGCUCCCUCGACGGCCCGGCCGCGACAUCGAAAUUGUCGAACUUCCGUCUGCCAAGUUUCCUGCUCAGAUUCCCCAGACCAAGUCUCCCACUGCGUCACAGCGUAGACCCUCGUCGUCGCAGAGACCCCCCUCGGCCUCGUUUCAGCAUCAUCGUCCGCCAUCGUCCCAGCACCAUUCCGCACCGGACCCUCCCAUGUCUCCCAUGUCUCCUCUUCGAGGACCUGCUCCGCCGUCGGUCACCACCAAUAAACCCCACCGCGAGCGCAAAAUAAGCGCGGCCUCGAUCAACAGCUUUCUCUCUCGCAUCACCUCGCGCGACAAGGACAAGGACAAGGAUAAAGACAAGGACCCCCCGCGCUCUGCGUCCGUGCAAGACACCCGCAAAGUCCCCCCUCACAAGCUCCUCAACCACGUCGGAAAGGACCACAAGUCUGGGAAUGUGUUUACUCGCUUCGCACGCAAGUUGAGUCUCAUCCGACGACGCUCGGUCGACGUCAUGGCCCACCCCGAAAACAACUCGUCCAGACCGUCGUUUACGGUCGAGCGCAAGCCCGUCACGGUCCAGCCGGGUCUACAGAGACGAGCGACCAUGGACACGACGCACUCUAUAUACCGCGGGCCUCUUGGCGACUCGCACCCGGCUGCGCAAUCGAGCACGAACCUUGCGUACGCACAUGCACACACUCGCUCGCCCUCGUCGCACCAGGAGCUCUUUUCGCCGCUCGAUCCCCAGCUCCGGUCGUCCCAGCUGAUCAAGACGCAGCUUUCCCCUCCGCCCCGGAUUCCGCCCGAGAUUGUCCCCGCGGGGGAUGCGAGGGACCGAACGUCGUGGCAAUCGUUGCACCGAAAAGUCUCUACCGAUCCUCAUCCCUAUCCGCAUUCUCACCCGUACUCGCAUCCACACUCGUAUUCACAUUCACAUUCGCACUUGCAUCCGCAUCCGCACCCGCCCCAUAUAUCGACCGACGACCUGUUGCCCCCACCCGCGCUCGCCGACCCGGACAACAAACACCCCGACUCGCCGCACUCGAUUCCGAAAUGGGGCAUCGCGACGCCCAAGCCUCAUGAUGGCCCGCUCUUGCUGGGUAACGGCAGCGCCGAGGAGGAAGAGGAGCCCUCGCCGAUUGGUGUUUUGGCCGUGGUUAAUCCUGAUUUGGGCAGCGAUGGAGAGGAGGAUGGGGUUGGUAAGGAGGUUGCUGUGUAUGCUGGUGGUGGUAAAGCAGGAAGCAGGGGAAGUGGAGGCGCGGUGGUGUUGGGGAGGAGAGAGUCUGGGUAUGGUGCUGGGAGAGGCGGCAAGAGGGAGUCUGGGUACGGAAAUGAAGUGGCUAUCUAUGGGCAGGAGAAGGAGGUUGCUAUCUACGAAAAGGAUCCUCCGGUGGAUAACCUUCAAAUCCUUAGAGCCCAAUUAGAGGCUGUCACCGCGACAACGAGUCCCGAAGCCAAGCGAAACAAGGAGUUGCCCGCCAGUCCUGAAAAUCGACGCAAUCGCGAGUUGGCUACUAGUCCCGAAGGCCGGAGGAUGUUGCCCGAUUCCGCAACUGGAAUUGGGCCUGGGUCCGGGGCGAGAGGAAGGGAAGGAACGAAACCGCUGGUCGUCCGAAAGAAUGCUUCCCAUUCGAGGUCGACGUCGCCCGACUCGUCUGGGUGGGAGUCGCCUGUGAAGCGAGGUGAUCGAGAGUCUUUGUUGAAGAGGGCCGGCCGGGAGUCGCCUGUCAAGCGCAACGGCCGGGAGUCACCCGUCAAGCGCAACGGUCGGGAGUCGCCUGUUAAACGGAAUGGGAGGGAUAAGAGGGAUGGGUCGCCCGUUAGGCCUGUUCGGCGGUCUGAGCCCUUGAAGGAUCAUAGUGCGCUCAACGGAGCGGACGUGCACCAAUCUCAUGGUUUCAGACCGGUCGGGAUGUCGGCCGCAAUCGGGUCUACGACCUCGGUGGAUGCGAUUCAGGGAGACGAUGAUGCAGGGUCUGGUGCCAAGGAUCCGACCGCACGCCAAAGAAUCCUACGUUCCCGCGCGAGCACAGACAGUCUAGCUAAAAUCCACCCUGUUGCGGUUAAACCUUCACUCCCAAAGAUCCGUGCGCGCGUGGUAUCGAACCCCCAGCCCAUCGAGAUUUCCAAGGAGAGUUCGCCGGUCAAGGAGGAUCCGCCCGCUGUUGCUCCCGCUCCUACUCCAGAACGAACCAAGUCUUCGAAAACUCGGCCUCGCAGCGGACAUACGGGUCCCGAGUCGCGACAUUCGAUUUACGGUACAGCGACGUCCGAGUCGAGCGAGGUUCCUUCAAGCCCUGCUGGCCCGCGCAAACGCAUCUCGACGGCCGACCCGACGCCGGCGCCGAUUUCGAUCCCGUCCCGCCAUGCUCAUUCCAGGUCGCUCGAGGGUGCUGGGUCCAAGCUCGCAGAUCCCAAGCCCACCUCGACGCCGUACAUGACUCCUAUCACGGACCACGCGCCCCUCCACCCGUUCUCCGAAAAACCCGUCGAAUACCAGGGUAUUAUUCCUCCCCCUCCGCCCAUCAGCGUCAUGCGCUUCGAAACCACGUCCCCUCCACCCGGAAAGUUCGUCGACGGCCCGUCUAAGAUGGUUUUCCCCGACUCCAAGGGCGCGUGGUUGGACUCUCCGCCGCCCAUGUCCCCUCCCCCGAAAGCGCCGUACAUGAACGACGAGUUUAGCGUGUCGAAGGAAAAAUUGGCGGCGCAGGGCGAGUUCAAGAAGCUUCACAAGCGCGAGUCGACGGCUGAGAGCGAGCGGGAUCGGAGGCGCGCGAGGGACGAAGCCAAGGAGGAGAGAGCGAGGCAGCGCGCCGAGUGGGAGCGUGCCGAGUGGGAACGUAAUGAAAAGGAACGGCUGGAGCGUGUGGAGCGCGAUCGGCAGGAACGUGAGCGGGCGCGGACGGAACGGGCGGAAAGGCUCGAACGCGAGAGGAGAGAGCAGGAGCGGCUCGAGCGUGAACUUUUGGAGCGUCAGCGACUCGAGAGGGAACGCGAGCAAGAACGCUUGGAACGCGAGCGGCUUGAGCGCGAACAAGCCGAGAGGGAGCGAGACAAGGAGCGAGAACGUGCCGAGCGGGAGCGUGUACGUAUGCUGCAGCGUCAAAAGGAAGAGCAGGAACGUGCGGAACGUAUUGCUCGCGAACGAGACCGUGAACUAGUUGAAAAGGAGCGUCAGGAGCGUGAGCGCCUGGAACUCGAACGCGAGCGGAUCGAACGCGAGCGGGUUGGAGCGAUGCGCCUGGAAUGGGAACGACUCGAGCGCGAGCGGCUGAUGGAAGAGGAAAUGCGUAGACGGGAGCCGCCUCCGCUCGUAAACACCAACAGUAGCCGCCGUAAUCGCCACGAAGCCGAUGGAGAACGCGAGGUCGUCAUCGUCGCAAAAGAGACCCGCAAGUCCAAGCGUCGCAAUCCUGACGACUCGCGCUCGACAUCCCCUACUUCUACCGCCCCGCCUGCCCCGCCCAAAGAGAACCAGCCGGCCCGCCGACAGCGUUCCCAAACUGAUGCGUAUGUGCCCCCGAUCGCAAGUGCACUCGCGCAGCCUGUCCAGCAGUCAUUCGAGGUUAUCGCCGGCGUGCCCGUUUUGCCUCAAGGGACCCACGUUGAGGUCGCGCAGCCGUUCCAGCCCCGUCCCACGUCGGUCAACACCAUCGAGGCACCCUCGCUCAAAGCUCGUGACGCUUGGGAGCGCGAUAGGCUUGACAAGGGGCAAAGUGUCUUAGUGCCUGGUGGCCAACGCGCUGUGAUCCCGGACGUUGGCUCGCCUCGACCCACACCCGAUCCUCGUCAACGACAGGCUUCGGCCAACAAGGGCCGAACACAAACUCCACUGGUGUCGCACUCUGAGCCCAUUGUUCCUGCACCCCCUACCGAGUACGGUCCUUCGCAUUCAUCCUAUUCGAUACCCACAUUUCCUACCUCACGUUCUCAUAAUCCUUUACCCAAGCCCCCUGCUAUCGACGGACCUUUCCCCCUUCACCGUCCUCCCGCGGUAUACUCCAAUCCGCACGGCUCGCGUCCGUCUCAAAGCCGGGCUUCAAGCUCUCGCAACCCUCUCCCAGAACCCCCCCGUGUAUCACCCUACCCUCUCCAUCACAAUGUUUCCCCUCCUCGUGGCAUCCCGCCUGGCGCGGUACGGUAG